AUGGAGAGCAGUAAAGGAUAUAAGAACUGGCGCUGUGCGAGUCACUUCACAAGUAGCAGGUUCGCUCUGCUGCAGUAUCAGUUGCAGGAGCUGAGUGAGAGAGAGCGUAGGGCGCGAAACCAUAACCAGAAACUAUUGCAGGAUUUCCAGAGAGCACAGAAGACCCUCAGUGACUUGGUGGCUCGUACUGAAGCCAUGAACACCAUAAGGAUGGGGUAUGAGAGGUACCUGGAGGAGAACUACCCUAAAUGGCAGCAGAAGCUGCAAGACAAGAGGUUGUCAGAACAGCCAAAGGUCCAGAUAAUAGAACAGCACCUAAAGGCCUGCACACCACAGACGGAGGAGGAAGGUCAAAGGAUAGAUAGACGCAACAAGCACCCUUUUAGAAUCAUCUCUCCUUCAGCUGUUUCUCCUGACCCAUCUCAUUGUCCCAUCUUUAAUUUCCUUCCACAUAUAUCUGAGCAUAGAGAUAAUAUGGGAGAAGACCCAAUAUCUAGGCAUGGUUUAUUCCACCCAGGCAGCAAACAAAACAUGCAAGGAAACAUCCAAAAUUCCAUCCAUUCUUCCUUUCCCUCUAUGUGGUUAACACCGUUACAGCCUCCAGUAACUGAACCGGAGCAUAGUAACAUCUCAAAGAACACCAAAAACAUCCAGAAUGUUCACCAAGCUUUGAAUUCAUCUUUGCUUGACCCCAACCUAUUGUCCAGUGAUCCACUCCAAAGUCUUUACUCAGUAGUCCCGCAAGACCCUCCUUCCUAUGAACAUUUGAGGCAAUAUUCAAACUCCUGGGCAUCUGGGAAUGAAAAGUUUAACCUGAGAGUUCAGUGCCCCACUGAUUGUCCUUCUUGGUCAGACCUGCCUUUGAUUAAUGGGGAUACGGAGAGAAGAGAAGAAGAAGGAGGGCAGAAAAGGCAAGAAGCAUCAUCAAACUCUCAAGGUGAGAAUCAUCACAUGCAGAAGCAAAGGAAGAAAGUGAACAGCAGUCACACUAAGCCAGGUAAGGCAAGAUUACACUCACGUCAACCAGUAGUUGUGUGCAGUAAUAGUGAAGUCAUGAAUUAA